CUUCCCCAGACGGCGAUGACUCCCAAGCCGGCCGGACCCCCGGACGGGGGCUGGGGCUGGGUGGUGGCGGCCGCAGCCUUCGCGGUGAAUGGGCUCUCCUACGGGCUGUUACGCUCGCUGGGCCUUGCCCUCCCUGACCUCGCGGAGCACUUUGACCGAAGCACUCAAGACACUGCGUGGGUCAGCGCCCUGGCCCUGGCGGUGCAGCAGGCAGCCAGCCCAGUGGGCAGCGCCCUGAGCACCCGCUGGGGUGCGCGCCCCGUGGUGAUGGUCGGGGGCGUCCUCACCUCGCUGGGCUUCGUCUUCUCGGCGUUCGCCCGCAGUCUGCUGCACCUCUACCUGGGCCUGGGCGUCCUUGCCGGCUCUGGCUGGGCGCUGGUGUUCGCCCCGGCGCUCGGGACCCUGUCCCGUUACUUCUCCCGCCGUCGAGUCCUGGCCGUGGGGCUGGCCCUCACGGGCAACGGGGCCUCCUCGCUGCUGCUGGCGCCCACCCUGCAGCUCCUCCUCGAUUCUUUCGGGUGGCGGGGCGCCCUGCUCCUCCUCGGCGCCGUCACCCUCCACCUCGCCCCCUGUGGCGCCCUCCUGCGACCCCUGGUGCUCCCUGACGACCCCCCGGCCCCACCCCGCGGGCCCUUAGCCGCCCUCGGCCUGGACCUCUUCGCGCGCCGGGCCUUCUUGGUGUUCGCCCUGGGCACAGCCCUGGUCGGGGGCGGCUACUUCGUCCCCUACGUGCACUUGGCCCCUCACGCUUUAGACCUGGGCCUGGGCGGGUAUGGGGCGGCGUUGGUGCUGGCGGUGGCUGCGGUGGGGGAUGCGGGCGCGCGGUUCAUCAGCGGGUGGCUGGCAGACCAGGGCUGGGUGCCCCUUUCGCGGCUGCUGGCGGUGUUCGGGGCCCUGACCGGGCUGGGGCUGCUGGCCGUGGGGCUGGUGCCCUUGGUGGGCAGCCAGGAGGGCUGCGAGGGGGCCCUGCUGGUCGCGGCCGGGGCCUACGGGCUCAGCGUGGGAAGUUACGCGCCCUUGGUGUUCGGAGUGCUCCCGGGGCUGGUGGGCGUCAGAGGCGUGGUCCAGGCCACAGGGCUGGUGAUGAUGCUGAUGAGCCUCGGGGGGCUUCUGGGCCCUCCGCUGUCAGGCUUCCUAAGGGACGAGACGGGAGAUUUCACCGCCUCAUUCCUCGCGUGCGGCUCUUUUAUCCUCUCCGGCAGCUUCAUCUACAUGGGGCUGCCCGGGGCGCUGCCCUCCUGCCGGCCAGCCUCCCGGCCGGCCACGCCUCCCCCCGAGAGGGGGGAGCUGCUCCCCGCUCCUCAAGUCGCCCUGCUUUCCCCUGGAGGCCCCCAGUCCGCUCUGGACACUGCUUGUUGA